UUAGUUGCCAUUUAUGCACCUUAAACAUAGCCCUAAUUAUUGCCGGAGAAGACAUGUCAAGUUCCCAAUGUUUGGAGAACCCGCCAGUUCUGAACCCAAACUCUGGAUUGGGCAGAGUUGAAGAGAUCACGAGCGGUCUCAAAUCUUAUAUAACUGGCUCCCCCACUUCCAAGCUCGCUAUCGUUCUAGCUUGUGACGCCUUUGGAUAUGAAGCUCCUAAAUUAAGGAAGCUAGCAGAUAAAAUUGCAGAAGCUGGAUUCCUUGUUGUAGUUCCUGACUUUCUCUAUGGUGAUCCUUAUCAACUGAAUAAUCCGCAAUUUGAUCGUGAUUCCUGGAUGAAAAAGCAUGACACGGUUAAAGGAUGUGAUGAUGCUAAAAAAGUGAUUGCUGCACUUAAAAGCAGAGGCAUUUCCGCAGUAGGAGCUGCAGGAUUUUGCUGGGGUGGCAUGGUGGUUGUAAAACUAGCAGGCUCUGAUGAUAUUCAGGCUGCAGUUAUAUUGCAUCCUGGCUGGAUUACAGCUGAUGAGAUUAAUGCUGUGAAGGUUCCAACUGCUAUAUUGGGUGCUGAGACAGAUCAAAUUUCCCCACCAGAACAAAUGAAACAAUUCGGAGAGAUAUUAGCAGCGAAAUCUGAGUUUGAGAGUUACGUAAAGAUAUUCGAUGGAGCCGUUCAUGGAUGGACACUGAGGUAUGAUGAUGAGGAUGAUUCGGCUGUCAAGAAAGCCGAGGAAGCUCAUUCAGACAUGUUGAAGUGGUUUACCAAGUUUGUCAAGUGAUGUUUGCAGAUUGAGAACUGAAGUUGAGAACACCAGGGAAUGGGAUUAG